UCUCCAUUCCUUCGCCAGGACAGAAGGCUACAAUGACAUCAGGCAACAUGAGCAGCGAUGAAGAGAGGAGUAUGAGAGAGUGCGAGCAGUACGUGCAGAAACACAACAUCCAGCAGCUGCUGAAGGACUGCAUCGUCCAGCUGUGCUCCUCGCGGUCAGACCGGCCAAUGGCUUUCCUCAAAGAGUACUUUGACAGACUGGAAAAGGAGGAGAGCAUGCAGAUGCUGCUGCAGCAGAAGGCCUCGGGCUCCCGCUCGGACUCCCGCGAGGAGGAGGUCUCCCCCCCAUGAACCCCGUGGUGCGGGGGCGCCGAGGUGUAGGCCUAC